GAAAUUCAAGCUAAAGUCUAGCCAGUCGGUUUGUGUCUUUGAGAACGCCUGCGCAUAUCUGGAACACGUGGCUGAGGAGUGAGCUUUUACGCGGAACCCUCGAAGCUUGCAGUCUCGCGCGCUUUGGCUUGUCGAACGUUACGAUUUGACCGGAAGCAUCGAUCGGUCAUAAUAAUUUAAUAGAAUAGGUAAAACUGUAAGUGAAUCCAUUUAAAGUAAAAGCACGAGCGUCUUGUAAAAAUUUGAAUUUUUCAGUGUUGGGGAAGAUAAAAUAAAAUCAUGUGAAUAGAAGACCAAAAAUGGAAAAGCUUCUGAAAAAUCUAUAAACACUGUUAUAAUGUUUUAGUGAUAAAGAAAAUCAGGACAGAAAGCGUCGAUAGAAGAAUUGGGAAAAAUGAAAAAAAAAUUAUUUUGAUACUUCAGCAAAUAUAUGCAAAGUCAAGCUGAGUAAUGACCGGCAGGAUCAGUGAAUCAAGAAGCCUCGAAAAUAGGUGCACUUCCAUAGCUCACUGGUGAGCUGGACAUUUUCAAAACGUAUCCACGUUAUAUAAUAUAAUUAAAAAAAAAAAAAGAAAAGAAAAGCUUGAAGAUUCCGUAACGAGAUGAGCAAAUCCUCUCAAGAUGAAGGUGCGGCCGAAUCCGUCGCCCAAGAAGCACCAUCAGGUGGAACGCCGAAAAAGACGCCUGCGGACAUCUAUGAGAAUCCCGGUGGUUCAAAAAAGAUCAUUCGCGUGCUCACAGUAUUGGCAUACAUGUUUUCUGUGAGCUUCGUCGGGAUCCUCCUUAGCGCUUACUACGUCUUCCUCUGGCAGCCUCCAAAUCCUAGGUUACUACACAAGGCUCACAUUCAGGCGGAUCCCCAGUUUGAAUUUCUUGUCGGCACUCAACCGGCGUCUUUUUUCUUAGUAGCAAAUCGUACAAAGGAUUCAGAUGACAAGACUGUCUCUUCCGGCGAGGAUCCUCAGGAAGCCGUUCAGAAAGUAACGACUUUUGCUCCGCUCAAGAGUAGCCCAAGAAAAUUUAACUUUUAUCCGUCCUCGUCAAUCGACAGAAACCAUAUGAAUCAUAAUAAGAGCGAGGAUAGAUCCCAUCGUGUCAAGCAGGAUGCUGGGAUGUCUUGGAGGUCCAGCAGAGUUGAAAAUUUAACAGACUCCAAAUACCAGUCAAGGGUGUCCUUGGGAAAUAUUUUACAAAGAUCAACUGUAAAGACUCAAAAUAUAAACAGGACUAACGAGACGUUUAAUACGGUUGCGUUCGUUAAAGAGAAAAACGAAUCAACUUUACCUGUAACUUUUCUUAAUAACAACGAUGAAAACAGAAGAAUUAACGAAAUCAAAGUUAACUUCACGAGCUCCGACGAUUUUAGCGGUCAAAGUCUAAAAAAUUCUUCGAGUCGGAAUUUGACGUUCAACCAGCUGGAUGAACCCGAGGAAAGUUCAAAUGAGAUAGAAGUGAAUAUUCCGGAGGAUCUCCAAGAAGAUCUACCAAAUCCUGCGCACUCGGAAGAAAACGAAAUUAUUGGAUCUCCCGACGUAUCGCUAAUCGAACCGAAGAUCAUAACGAAAGCCAGAAUUUCCGAGAAAUCAAUAGAAGAAAGUACGAAUGAUUGGUACACGGAGAUUAGGAAUGUUUCGAUGUAUUCGAUAGAAACACUAGUCAACAGAACUAAAACCACUGAAUCAUCAAGAAUGGAUGACCUAAUGAUGUCGUCGACAGAAUCUACCCAAAGUGUUGUACCACUACAAAAUGAUCUGAAGGUAGUUCGACAUCCUGAAGAUACAACGUGGACGGAAACCACUUCUGAAACUAUCAUCAGUACUUUCGGGACAGCGAGAACUGAGUCCGAAGACAGUACGGAGAAUUCAGAGACGAUCGACAAGAAUCGUUGAAUAUGAAUAAUUUUGGUUCCUCUAUUCUCCAAAAGACCAAACGAAAAAGGCGUGUCGUAAACUUUAUCAAUGUUAACAGUUGGCAUAUUAAGAGACAUUACGAGUAUUCGCAUUUAGGCAGUCAUAACAUUUAAAUACGUUAGUCUAUAAAAAAGUAACAUAAAAUGCUGAUACACGCGCAGGUUCGCGCUUAUCUGUCCCAGACUCUAGAUUCCCUAAAUUAAAUAUUCGACACGUGUUUAUACACUCCAUCAAAUCUAUGAUAGACAAAUUUCUAGCUCGUGUGUGUUGUGCAUGAAUCUAAAAAAAAGACGCCUUAUCAAUUAAGCUUUAAUAUUGACAACUAUUUACACGUAGUUUUUUUUAGCGAGAGCACGUUCUGGUAAAGUACUCAAUUAUCCUUUCUAUUAUAAUAAUAUUAACAGUCAACCAUCAUCCUAAUACUUAACGUACGCUUCUAAUACAAGAAACGAGACAUUAUUUUUAUAAUUUGUUCGAUCUUUAAAAUAGUUGUUAAUUAGUCGUAUAUAAGUGAAUUCGUAUUACAAAGACAUUAUUUCGAAUGAAUAUACAUUUCCUAUGAAAUA